CGUGUGUAUCGCAUCAUCCAGACAGACCAAAUUGCGAGUGCUUUCACUCACGUCUUCGGCGGCACCAUUCUGCACAGUGGCACGGCCGUGGCACGGGGAACCUGCGUGCCUGCCAUGCCACGCUUGCUACCAGCCAAAUCAUCCACGAUAGCUGCAAACCUUCUGUGCCUUUGGUACGUCCAUCCCGUUCGUUCAGCGGCCGUUGAGCGGCGCUCCGCUGGUUCAUCGUGAACCGUUCACGUAACCCAAACUGGCAUGCCAGCCGUGACAUAACGAGGAGCAGCUUUGCCAGCCGUUUGCGCUGCAUGGCCCAACUCAAUACCCAAACAAAUGCAGCGUUCUCCUACCACCAAGUUCCUACUUGCGCGCGCUCAGGGUCACAGGUGAGGCGGUUGCUGGUCAGUGGUCGCUGACGCGCGCAGAUCUCGCACUGCCGGGCGGGCUUCCCCAGCGACGGAGGCCACCUACGAAGUACCUAUGCCCCUGGAGCCCUUCAUCAGCGGCCGGGCUGCCGCUGCCGCCCCUCCCCGGCCCCCGCGCCCCAGGGCAGCCUGGAAAGCCUGGGCAUGCUCCACUUCCGGCCGCCCUGAGGUGAAAGGAUGAUGGCACAUAGUUGUUCAUGAUCGCCCGAGCCCGGCGCCCGGGAACAGCUGGAGCGACCCCCCAGCAAUGCGCCACAGAGCCUAGCGCAGACACAGCCACGGCCCAAGUCGUCACCAUUGCAGGCAUGGCCCGACUUUGUGGCCAAACGUCGCCGCUCUGACGAAGCUUUGUCGUCGGCUGAUUCCGCAAACACUCAGCAACCACCACAACUCCCUCAAGGCGCGCCGUGGCUCCUCGUCACUGCCCGACCUUUGCGCCCUCUCUCUCCCUCGCUCGCCGCUCCCCUCCCGAUCGUGCCGCCGCCGCAUCAUCCUCAACAUGAGCUUCAAGGGCUUUCAGAAGACCCUGACCCGGGUACGUUGCCGUCGCCAUAGUGCCCCUCACCCCGAGCUUGUCCAGCCCCUCCGACCAUCGUCAUCCUCGCUCCGCCGGGGCAAUACAAGACAAAGGGACCAAGACAAGACAAUUCAAUCAAUGCAACAGCGUCGCUAACCUACCCGUUUUUUUUCUUCCCUCCCGCAGGCACCGCAGCAAUUCAAGCAAAAGUUCAACAUCGGCGAGCAGACCAAGGACGCCGUCUACAUCGACGCCGAGCGCCGUUUCCAAGAGCUCGAGACGGAGACCAAGAAGCUCCACGAUGAGUCCAAAAAAUACUUUGAAGCCAUCAACGGCAUGCUCAACCACCAGAUCGAGUUCAGUCAGGCCAUGACGGAGAUUUACAAGCCAAUCUCGGGCCGCAUGUCGGACCCGGACUCGAUGAGGAUCGAGGGUAACCCCGAGGGCAUCAACGCCUGCGAGGAGUACGAGGCCGUCGUCAAGGAGCUGCAGGAGACGCUCGCGCCCGAGCUGGAUAUGAUCGAGUCCCGGGUCAUCCGGCCGGCCAACGAGCUGCUCGACGUCAUCAAGGUCAUCCGCAAGACGGCCCUCAAGCGCGAGCACAAAAAGCUCGACUACGACCGCCACCGCGCCGCCCUCAAGAAGCUACAGGACAAGAAGGAGCGCACCCCCAAGGACGAAAAGGCCCUGUGGAAGGCCGAGGGCGACGUCGAGCAGGCCACACAGGACUUUGAGUACUUCAACGACCUCCUCAAGGACGAGCUGCCCAAGCUCUUCACCCUCGAACGCGAGUUCAUCCAGCCCCUCUUCCAGUCCUUUUACUACAUGCAGCUCAACAUCUUCUACACCUUGCACGAGCGCAUGCAGCGCUGCGACAUUGGCUACUUUGACCUGACGCGCGAGAUUGAGGAGGCCUUCCACGAGAAGCGCGGCGACAUUCAGGAGCAGGCCGAGGCGCUGUCCAUCUGCCGCUUCAAGACGACCGGCCGGCCACGGCCACCGAAAUACACUCCCCGUCCCGCCCUCGAGGGCGGCAAGCAGCCCGGCCUGCUCACGGCCGGCCCCAACGCGACGUCCAACUCCAAAGCGAGCGCGUACUCGCGGCAGUCCACCGACGGCAACGAGCAGAACCCGCCUCCCCCGUACUCGACCGGGGCGGUCAAGCCCUCUAGCCCAGGGCUAUCAGCAAUCGCCGCCGCCAAGGCCAAGCCCCCGCCUCCUAAGCCCAAGCCCAAGGCCCUCAUGGCCGCGCCCGCCGCGGAGAUGGUCACCGCGCUGUACGAUUACUCGGCGCAGGCGGAGGGCGACCUCAGCUUCCGGGCAGGCGACGUUAUCGAGAUUGUAUCAAGAACACAAAAUGAGAACGAGUGGUGGACCGGCCGGUUGCAGGGCAAGGAAGGCCAAUUCCCUGGUUCGUCCAACCUCACACUCCCUGACCAUGGACUUUGACGCGCCAACCUUUUUUUCUUCGUCCACGGCACUAACCUACCUCCUCUCCAGGAAACUAUGUUCAGUUAAGCUAAUACAAGUGGCGGACUUCUCGAGACGGACUACUACCCUGUCGGAUUGUUGUAGCUCUCGGCGCAUCGGCCCAUGGGAGGGGGGUUUUAUCUUUCUCCUUGUUUGUUCUUUUUGACUAGGCACAACGAUACAGUAGGAUCCCUCCCCCUCGUUUCAUCACCCACACACACCACCCUAGACCGCGGCAGGUAUAUCCAGGCAAAAAAUGUCUACAAUGCCGCGUACACCUUUUUGACAGCUGUGAAUGUAACACAAUCAAUCUACAUUCGUUGUAAAAUGACAAAUGAGUCAUCGGACAAAAGUAAAGUGCUCCAAUUCAUAA